CAAUCAGUGCAAAAAAUAAAAUGGAAGUGGCUAUUGGUACAGGUUCCUUGAGCAGGGAAAUGUACUCUUCUUUCACUCUGGCACAUAGUGUCCGAGUACUAGAUAUCAUGAACAAACACCGAAAGGACUGUCUUAAACUCUGCGACGUUGUUCUCAAAAUCGGAGACGAGCAUAUUCCGACACAUAGAGCCGUCUUGGCAGCCUGCAGCCCGUACUUUUACGCCAUGUUUACAAGUGAUUUAGUGGAGAGCCGGCAAAAAGUUGUCACCAUGAAAGACAUAGACGCAAAUGUAGUACAACAGCUGGUAGAUUUUGCUUACACAGGAAAGGUAGAAGUCAACGUAGAAAACGUACAGUCCAUUCUCGCGACUGCUUGUUGGGUACAGUUUCAUGAAGUUCGAGAACUUUGUUGUCAGUUUCUAGAAACCCAGCUGGAUCCUUCCAAUUGCUUGGGCAUCAGAAAGUUUACUGAGGCACAUGGUUGCGUGAAUUUUCUUAAGGUGGUGGAUAAUUUUGUCCUUGAAAACUUCAGGGAAGUAAUGAAGUCUGAAGAGUACGCCUUGCUUCCUUGUGAGUUGCUGAUCAAAGUGAUUUCAAGUGAUGACCUGAAUAUUAUUGCCGAAGAGGAAGUAUAUGAGGCCGUGAUGUCUUGGGUGAAUCACGACUUAAACAACCGUGUAAAACAACUUCCAAGCCUAAUACAAUUCGUCCGUAUGCCUCUGAUGUCUAAACAUUAUCUUUUAAACAGAGUAGAUCCAGACAAAUUGAUAAGAUCGGACAUGAAGUGUAGAGAUCUGUUGGAUGAAGCAAAAAACUUCCACCUUUUGCCCGAGCAAAGAGCCCAGUUUAGAACUGAUCGUAUGAAACCUCGGAAGUCAAUGGUCGGGACUUUAUACGCUGUUGGUGGAAAAGAAGCGGGGGAAACUAUUUCUAAUACAGUGGAGUGUUACAGGUAUUGAGUUGACGAUUAUUUGACCCACUAGUGUUCAUAAGUAAACCUCAUGUUUUUGUCCUUUGACACAGAGCUGUUGACGUGUAGGGAAUAUGCUACCCAUCAUGAAGUCCGUUGGACGUUUUCUAAGCACAAAACUUCAUAUAUCUGUCAGAUUCAAUAAUUCAGUGUAACUUGACGCUACACUCAAGUUAUUUUAAAGAUCAAAUAUUUGAACAAACUCAUAUUUGCGAAUUCCUCUAAGUAAUUCAUCAGAGUACAUCGAUACAAAAAUUGCCUGUCAGGAAUGUGUUAAGAGGUUAAGUGAACACGGUUGUUUUGACUCGCAUUUCGACUCCCACGAUGGUGAUCCUUUAAUUUUAAAUGAUUUUUAAUGGGAUCAAAGCAUUCUUGCUUGUUUUCUUCGAAAUUAAAAAUUGUGAAUUUGUAUCUUAACCAAACCAAUGUCCCUUCAAUGCGUAGGCUGAAUUGGUGCGACAGCAAAGUAUUUUUACACAAGACGCUACGGAGCGUACACUUCGGCGUUGUGGUUGUGGAACUAAUUAAAUGAAAAUGUGGAGGAAUAGUAAGAAAUCAAAUAUGGUAAGCGUAAGGUGUUAAUUUGUGACAUUAUGGGAUUUGUCAGGAUAUUCUAAAAAGAGCAACAUCCAAGAGGCCUACUUGCCAAAAACUAGGAUUUCAGGACAAAUUGUCUCCGAGAUAUUAGCCCAGUUAUGCUCUGAUGACUCCAUACAAAUCCUUCUAAAAAAACAAUUCUCUAUUUUUCUUAGUCACAUCAGGCUUCAAAAACAGCAUAGCAGUUUCAUGUACUGAUUAAAGAUAUGUAAGGCAUGGGUAAGGAGUCAGGGGCACCCAACGACAAUUUUCGGAAAAUAUCUGUUCGGAAGACGAUUUGAGAUCUAUAAUUUUUGGAACAUUUUUUCCAAAAUUUCUUGCUUGUCUUCCUCUCCUGGGAUUUUCGAACAUCUAAAAAAUGGUAUAAUUGCCCAUUUUUAAGCGAUUUUUACCCUAAAAGGGUCACCUACAAUUUUCGGGAGCCUUUUUUCUGGCUGAAAUUUUCGAAAAGGUAAGUUUUGAUCCUUAUAAUUUUCGAAUCACUAGACUUUCAGCUGGGAAAUCCGAACAGAUGAAAAAUUUUAGGGGAUAAAAAUAUGCCUAUAUCUACCGUUUUAAUACUAAAAUACGUUUAACAAUGCUAUAUUUAAGUGGUUUUGAACUAUAUUCUCGUUGGGUGCCCCUGAGGAGUCAAUUACGUUACGAGUUCGAAUGUUUUGAGGAUAAUUAUUCACUGACUAUCAGCACGCAGGGAUGUCGGAUUAACACAAGGAAGUUUAACACCAAAGGAACAUAGCCUUUACAGAGCUUUAAAACACAGCAUCCACCAACACAAACUUGACUUGAACUUUGAGUAAAACUAAACAGCCUCUACCAAUAAUAACAAACUGUCACUUGAACUUCAGAUAUCUUACGGCUUCCGCGAACUUGUAAAAACAGACCCUGAAAAUCGACCUUCGUCUCACUUGAGUAAACACAGCAGUCCAGCUCAUGGGAAAAAACUUAGUUCAUCAAAAGAACUCGCUUGGAACUUGUAUACCGUUUGACAUUAGGUUCUAGAAAAUACUAAACAGGCGAAUAGUAGUAGCUUUUCGAUAUAUUUUAUGAUUUCAGUAACUGAUGCAAAUCUGCUGACUCAUGCUGAAAUGUAAACAUGCCCUAAUUAAUUAUUCAUGGAUAAUCCAAAAACAUAGAGAAUGUUCGAGAAAGUCACUCAACGCAUGAAAGCAAAUAUUUUACUAUGUAACACUCAACAAAGACAAAAUGUCUUUGUGCAGCAUUUUUAAACUUUAAAUUCAUCAUAAAACAGUUCGAAAGGAGGGCUCACUCGUGAAAUGUUUUUCAAGACUCGAAGAGAAAUUUCGUGUCUCUGCGUGGCCACAAAAUAUCCUCUAUUUAUUCCUCAAGUAAUUAAAGACCAAACUCGAAGUGAUCUCAAGAUAUCGUGAAGUAGUCCGGUCUCAUUUCGUGAAAUAGUUGAAACAAGCCGAAAAGUCACGAACUUACACACCCAAUCUUGUCCCGAAACUAGUGCAUCAUUUCAUAACUAUUUUUCAUUUCCCAAACUACCUUGGGUCGCAGUAGCGCAAUCGGCUAAUCCCUCAACUUAAGAGUCUCCUCUGAUCUGACGGGUCACACAGGUGAGUCGGUUCAAACCCUGGGAAAGCCAAAAUAAUAAUUCUUUCUUCUUCGAAAAAGUUAAAGAAUAAAUCAAAGAAAUAGAAGUGAUCUCGAGAUAUCUCGAACAAAUAGCCGAAUAGAACCGAAAACCUACAGACUUUGCUUGCCCAAUCUUGUCAAAAAAAUACAACUUUGAUACAUUCCUGAGCGUCGUGAAUCCUUUACUUCGCGCUCCGCCGAAGUAAAAAUUAUUUCUUAUUGGUUACUCCUCAAAACGGAUAAUGGGCGCAUCUUUAUGACACAUUCAUACAUCUAGGUGGGAAUAUUCCAAACCUAGCAGGGGGCGGGGUACUCCGGAUUGGGAUGAUGAAAGGACUUUUUGGGGUAGGAAAUUUUGGCAAAUAUUUUUGUGGGUGGCUUGAUUUUUGUAGGGAUGUUUUAAGGUAUUCAAAACAAUCUGAAGAUCCGUUGUAGUGCACCAGUGCAUUCUGGCCGCAUAGUUCUGCAAAUAUCAAGUACAGCCGAAAAAAGUAUGACGUUAUAUCAGUUAAUGCUUUUUGGAAAUUUUUAAGGCUCAGAAAUUUGGCAUGGGACUUUAUUCAGGUUAAUUUUUGAUCCAGGUUUUUUGGGGGGGUUUUGAUUUUUGUCCCCAUUCGAUCAUGUUGUGCUUAAUUUUUUAUGUCAAGUAACUUUUCCUUUCUCUUUUGUAAUUAGGUAUGGUAGUGUAUGCUAAUGAAGUUGAAAUAAAAGAAAAAUAAAAAUUACCUGAGAUAAAAAAUUAGCUACAACAAUCAUCCCCAUCACUUGAAAUCCGGAGCACCCCGCCUCCCGGAUUCUAAAAUAGUGAAGGGAUAAAUUUUGUCUUACUAAGUGUAAACUGGUUAGAUUCUUUUGUCCAAUCAUGAAAGUCAGAGAGUACCUCUUCCAUGCCCGACAAACUGUUUGUUGUUGUCUCUCAUGAUCAGUCUCCAAAGCAACAUUUGGCAACCUGCUGCAUCACUCAAUGUCCCCAGACAACAGCUUGGUACAGGCAGUCUGGGAGGUCGUCUCUUUGCUGUAGGCGGCUCGGAUGGUUACUCGCGUUUGAGCACAGUUGAGUGCUUUUCACCUGAGGCAAACAGAUGGAUGUAUGUCAAGUCACUCAAUACAAGUCGAUCAGGAGUUGGUGUGGGUGUCCUUGGUGAAGCAAUGUAUGCCAUGGGUGGUUAUGAUGGACGGUCAUGUUUAAAAACUGUGGAAAGAUAUGAUCCUCUAGUGGAUAUUUGGAGUUUUGUUGCACCCACAAAUGUGACCCGCAGUUUUCCUGGUACGUGAUUGACUACUAGUUAUGUUGUAUUUUUCUCAAUGUCUAAAAAUACUCUUUUACUAAAACUCUGUUCACUAUAGAUCGUUUUCACUCACAUGGUUAGCAGCUAUGCAAAUUUCUCUGAAAAAAGGAAAGUUUUCACUUGAGAAAAGAGUUCAAUCCCCACUGGUACACCAAUAUACCAAUAUGGCCACCUUUUUGUCAAAAAAUUCCCCCAAGAACUUAGGGAAGGUCAGGCAGUUUUGAUGGAAAACACCAUUUCUGUUAAGAAUUGUUUAUUCAAGGGCACAAAAAUUGCAAAUUAUGGUAUGUUAGCAGUAAAUCUAAAAAAAAAUUGUGUGGCUGGCUCCUUGAGUGGGCAAGAUGGGGGCAAAUCCUAAGUUUCCAUUGGCCACCUAAACAGGCAAGAUAGGCCUGUCUUGCCCUCUCAGUGGUACCUGCUUUGCCCGGCAAGAAAAGGUAUUGUUUUUGUCAUUUAAUGAAUUCCUUAAAUUUAUCAAGCUUGUUUGGUCAAGAUGACUACAUAUUGGCCUCAUUCUUUUUGCUGUUUUUUUUCCCUUUUUGUCAGAGGGGCUUAAGGGAUUGUGGGAUAAUAAUGUGUGGUGUAGAGCUACACUGUAAAUUGGAACAUAUGGUGCAGAAUGAAACACAAGAACAUAUAACUAGAAUGAAAAGUGUUCCUAGAUUCUAGGGGGAUUUAAAAUACAACACUUUUGUUCUAAAUCAGUCUUACGGCUUUCCAUGUUGCCUUGAUGCGUGGGAUACCACUGAUUGCCCUCAUGUGAAAAACUCACUCACAACUUCACCAACACAGAACCACAGUUUCUUUUGAAUUAUAACUAAUUCAAGUUUAUUCACUCAGCUUUGUUAAUAUUAUGGUAUUAUUAAUAAUUUUUGUUUUUACACAGGCGUUGCAGAGCUUGGAGAUCGCAUCUUUGUAAUCGGUGGUAAUGAUGGAGUGUCAUUUUUAAAUUCAAUUGAAUGCUAUGACCCACAUACCAAUCGAUGGACUCAGCUUGCUCCUAUGAGUCGGCCUAGGGCGGGAAUAGGUGCAGCAGCUCUGGAUGGUCGCAUUUAUGCUAUUGGGGGCUUUGAUGGUGCCCAGAGACUUGAUAUAGUGGAAAUGUAUGAGCCUCGUAUGAAUGCAUGGCAAGAAGCUGCAUCAUUGAACUCAUGUCGCGAUGGUGUUUGUGUUAUGACUUACGGCUGUUGGGUUUAUGCCGUGGGUGGAAUAGAUGGACCUUCAUAUCUUAAUACUGUGGAGGCUUACGACCCAAGAACUGACCAAUGGGAGGAGGUCGUUCCCAUGACAAGAUGUCGAGCAGCUGCUGGAGUAGCAGUGUUGAAAAAUGCUCAUUGAAGUAAAAUUGAUCAUGGUAUUGAACUACAGACUCAAUUCAAGUUGUCAGGGCACAAAGCAAUUUUCUGCUGAUCACAGAAAACAAAAUCAAAGUAGUUUAUUCGAUCAUUCAUGAUACAUGAAGGCAAUCUGGGGAACCCUGGCUUUUUUGUUAUUAAUUUUACUGAUACCUUAAAGUUAUUAUAGCCAAAUUUGUUGUAUUGUGCUGUGUGUUUGCAAACUUCGAAUAGGUUUUUCUGUUCUGUCAAUCAUUUGAGUGGGGUGGAGUUAAUGCAAAUCACAAUGCAACACACUCGCCCAGCUUGGCCUGCAAAAACAAAAUUGAGAAUGACCCCUAAAAUGCUCAAGAAUAGCAAAGAAAUCGUGAUGAUAAGUGGAAUUUUUGUUGAGGGCAGGAGGCAGUCAUUGCUUUAUUCUUGCAAGAGGCAAGAAUAAGAAACAUCAUAAAAAGCUUUGAAGAAAACUAGUUGUCAUUGCCCGAAACAGGGCGAUGAUGAGCAGCGAACCUUGAAACACAGAAACAAACAAAGUGGAUCAAAAUGCACCAAUCACAAGUAAACAUGUGUUUCCUAAGAGGUCCGCUAAGAUGAUUGACAAAACAGAAAAACCCAAACUUCCUUCGAAGUUUGCAAAUCGCGCAGCGCGAUACAAUGAAUUUCACUAUAAUGCCAAGUUAUAAGCCCCAAUUAUUUAAGCCCCUGACAUAUUUUCUUGUUUAUACACUAGAUUACAGCUCCAACAGGAGUAAAAUGAAUAAAUUUUUCAGGAUGCAUACCCCUGACUCCACUUAGAGCAUGUAAGGCUUGAGUUUUUGGAAAAUGGUUGUGCUAUUUUUCCUGGAUCUAUGCUGAGCAGUUACACAACUGUUCAAUGCUUUGAAGACUGAAAAAAAAACUUCUUUUGAAAUUUUCAAAUCUUUCAGGAAGGAAUGCGUAUGGAUUUAAUACAUUAUUUUAAGAAAAUGCUAUACAUAGUUUAGUUUUAAUCUCAGGUUAGUUAAAAUGCUGGGUAAAAAGAUUUUUUGAGAAAUGUUCAAAUCACUCUAGUAAAAAAAUAUGGUUAUUUAAUCUACUCUUAAAUUUUGCGAAAAAUUUUACAUUGUUCAGUUUUAAUAGCAGGUUUGUUAAAUUGCUGACUGAAGACAA